GACACAUUUCGUAGGGUAAAUAAAUUGUGUAAAUCUCAUGUUCGGCUAACGAAAUCCCAACUAAAUUCUCCAUGAAACCCUCGGCCAAAUAGAGUGGCCAGCCAAGGGAGCUCAAGCAAGUAUUCCAAAUAUGGCCAUCAAACAUGUGGCCAUCACUUCUCGCCGAGCAUUGACCAAAUGCGCCAAAAUCGGGCACACUACAGUGUCCGUAAGUCGCUCCCUGCGGAAACUGACUCCCACGGCGUUCAAGACACUGCGACAGGCGAUCGCCAAGGUGGGGCACUUGGGCAUCAUGGGUCAGAAGAUACGGCUAAACGAUCGGGAACUGGCGGCCAACAAGGUGAUCAUGGCCGUGAAGAAGGAAGAGAUAUCCAAGGGCAUACUGGAUCCCAGCCAAUUCACGCCCGGUCAGCAUAUCUUUAAGACCCUGACCGAGGUCCAAAAGUCGCCGAUCUUCAACCUGAUUAAGGGGAUGCCCAAGGGCGGUGUGCUUCAUGCCCACGAUACGGCGCUCUGCAGCACAGAGUAUCUUAUAAGUCUGACCUACCGCAAGAAUCUUUGGAUUUGUACCGCGGAGGAGGGCUGCAAGGCCAUUGCCUUCCGGUUUUCCAAAGAGAAGCCCACGCAAAAACCCGUGGAGGAUUGUAUUUGGGAGCCAAUGGAAGAGUUCCGUGAGCGGCGAGGUGAAAAGAACGUGGCCAAAUAUCUCACGCGUCGAUUCAGCAUGUAUCCCUUCUCCAAGUUCGUUUCAAACAACCAAGCCUGGGCCCACUUCAUGGGCAUCUUUAUUCUGCUCGACGGUUUGCUCUGCCACGCCCCCAUUUGGGCGGACUACUACUACAAUGCCCUCAAAGAGUUUGCCGAGGACGGAGUUCAGUAUGUGGAGCUGCGAUCCCUGCUGCCGCCUCUGUACUGCAUCGAUGGCGAUAUGCUGACCACUCGGGACACGGUGGCCAUUUACAACUCGGAGCUGGAACGCUUCAAGGCCGACCAUCCGGACUUCAUUGGCUCCAAACUGAUAUACGCCCCUCUAAGGGGAGUGGAGCCCAGUGUGGUGGAGCAAUAUGUGAAGACAGCUGUCGAACUCAAUAAAGAGUUCCCCAGCUUCAUGGUGGGCUUUGAUCUGGUUGGUCAGGAGGAGUUGGGGCGACCGCUGAUUGAUUUUGUGGAGCCCCUGCUGAAAAUGCCCGAGCACAUUCAUUUUUACUUCCACGCGGGCGAGACGAACUGGUUUGGAUCGCCCAUCGAUGAGAACCUGGUGGACGCCAUCCUGUUGGGCACGAAGCGCAUUGGUCAUGGAUACGCCCUUACCAAGCACUCGAUGAUGAUGCGCCUGGCCAAGCUCUUGGACAUCGCCAUCGAGGUGUGUCCGGUGUCCAACCAGGUGCUGCAGCUGGGCGUGGACUAUCGGAAUCAUCCGGCGGCUCUCCUGUUGGCCGCCAAUGUGCCCAUUGUUAUAUCCUCGGACGAUCCUUCCUUCUGGCGCUGUGCUCCGUUGUCGCACGACUUCUACUUCGCCUUCCUGGGCAUUGCACCGAUGAAGGCGGAUCUGCGGUUCCUCAAAAGCCUGGCCACCAACUCCAUCCGCUACAGUGCCCUGGGCGGCGAGGAAAAGCGAGUGGCGUACCAGAAGUGGCAGGAGAAGUGGGACAAGUGGAUCGACGACGUGGUGGCGCAGAAGUAUUGUUAAUGACCCCCUUUUUUAAGUAAAUAACGAAUGUAAUUUUUUUUUUA